UACAAUACACGUAGGGCAGGGCAAAUAUCCAAAAUUAAUUAACAUCUCUCCGGCGCAAAUCCACCUCUUUGGAAAAAGUCAGGUCUUGAUGCAAGCCAGGGCAGUAAAAAGUGUAAAUGAUUGUACAAAGAGUACAUGUAAGUAUCUCAAAGAGAGUUCGUCUUCCAUUCUCACUAAAUAUUGACAGGUAAGUAAUGCCCAUCUCCAAUUAACAGGAUGAAAAAAAAGUAAAUGAGAUAAACUCUUUCCUUGUACGUGAACUCAAACGACUCAUAGCUUUGCACCAGUAUGCGACAAAAGAGUGAGUAUAGUACAAGUGUGUUUAUUAUUAUUAUCAAAUUCAACUUUCAAAUACUCGGAUCAUUGAAAAGACGUAAUUUGUAAGUAGCUGAUGUUUUAUUCUUGGCUUUCCUCCACAACUGUCUUUGAACCCUUCUAUCAACAUGGAUAAGGUCUUCAUCAAAGAAUAACCCAUCUGGUGAAGAUCUGUGAGUAUAUUUAUCAUUUUACAGUAUAGGGAGAACUUCCCAGGAAUGUGGUUUGCUUCCAUGUGAUCUAGAUUGUGGCUCCCUAAAAUUUUUAAUAGUGGAACCCUAGAACUUGAAACGUCAGUACCUUUUCUUCAACAGUUGUUGAGUCUUGAGUUAAAACAAUUUCUGCGAAGAUCAAACAGAUCACAAAGGUUGGCAGGAAAUGACUGCAUAUUGUAUGUCAAUAUCUGAAGUUUAAUUUACAGGCAGCAUUCUGUCAUUGAAGUCACAGUUUUGUCACUAUAAAUUUGUUUUUUGCCCUUUCAAAAAGUACAUCAGAGGCAGGGUUUCAUGGUGCAGCAAAAAAUCUUGGAAGUAAUCAUGAUUUUGUUUAGCAUACAGUAAUUCCAGAGGGAAACCUAAUGGAAAAAGUGGGCUUACAAUGAAUGUCCCCCCCCCCAAAAAAAAUGACAGUUGCUCUAUUUUCUCCCAGAAACUACUGAACAGUCUGUUAAUACGGCCGUCUUACAAUAGUGCGCCACCAAGAGUUUACAACGAAAUCUGUCAACCCAAUGCGCGUUUGGAAAGGGUCGAUAAAUUUCACGCAUUAUGAUUGGCCAACGCGUUGCAAACUCUUGGUGGCGCACUAUUGUGAAUCGUCCGUAUUACCAGCACUGAAACCCUGUUUGGAGCGUCAAGAUACUGUAGCAACCAGUAACUUAUUACAUCCCAGGAAAAUGCUUAUAAACCUUAGUGAUAGUAUUUGACAAAGGAUGAAGUGAUUUUGUCCUCAAACAUCUGCUCUGAAUGGCUUCUUAAUGUACUCCCCCAUCUCAUCUCUCACGUUCAGAUGUUUGUAAUAAAUUCUUCCAACUCUAUAAGCUGAUGCUCACAUAAAGAAACAGGCAAGGAAGAUGCGAUGCAUUGAUUGCUCUCAUUCAGCGUCACUUCUCGGUUGGACAACAGCAGGUUGUGACAUGCCGGCUUAAGGGUCCUUGGAAGACAGACGAAUCCAAACCCAAAGACAAUGCAGAUCAACUUGACAGGCUUCUUGAAUGCCAAGAAUGCAAUGAAGUUUAUGUCGGAGCUGUGGGAGCUUCUCACCAGUGCUCAAGAAAACAUUGCUGGAAUUCCUGCUGCCUUCCUGGAACAGAAGAAAGAGGAGAUCAAAAAGAGACAGAUGGAACAAGAACGCAUCCAAACAGGACUGAAGCAGCUGCAGGAAAAAGAGGAGAAAGAGUUGUCAAGGAGUCGCCAUGGCAGUGAUGCAGAGGAAGAUGGGGAUAAGGAGCAGAAAGUAAAGAAUCGAGAAGGUCGUUGGGACAACGAAGGAGUGAACGGAGGAGGGGAUCGAGCCAGGGAUGGAUCCAAGACACCUGAGAAGAAGAUUCAUGCACGUCCUGGCAAAUGGGAUUGGGAACCUCAUAAGUCACCACAGAGGAAGGACAGUCAUCGAUCUCGAUCAGCUUCUGGAUCACGAAGUGGGUCGGAGUCUCCUGAGACCAAACCUGAUAUUGAGGACAAACCUUCCUCCCCAUCACCAAAGGAUGAUGUGAUCAAGUCAGAAAAAACUGCAGCUAAGGAAUCUGACAAUGAAGAUGCUCCCAAGAAAGCAGACGAUGUGAAGAAAAAGCCUAGGCGGCGAUAUGAAUCUUCAAGCUCCACAUCCAGUGAUAGCUCACGAUCUAGGAGCAGGAGCCAAUCUCGGUCGAAGGACAGAGAUCAACGCAAAAAGAGAUCUCGUUCCAGAUCUAUCAGGAGAAAGAAGACAAGACACCAUUCUCGCAGUCCCCGUAGAUCAAGAUCACGAUCCCCACGUCGUCGCUCUCCACGUCGUCGAUCACCAGUUCGCCGGCGAUCAAGAUCACCAUACUACUCAAGACGCAGGCGAAGCCCAUCUCCAAGGUACAGAUCAAGGUCUUCUCCUAGGCGAAGAUCUAGGUCUCCACGGCGACGCAGUCCGUCACCACGGCGGCGACGUCCAUCCCCAAGAAGGAGAAGUAGAUCACCAAGGAGACACAGCCCCUCACCAAGGAAAAGAGCAGAGCGAAGACGUUCUCCAAAGAGAAGCCCAUCUCCCAAAAGAUCACGUCGUGUUCGCCGAGAUUCGUCUAGCUCAGAAUAUGAUUCCUCUAGCUCCUCUGAUUCUUCCCGUUCACCCUCUCCAACCAAGAAGAAAUCCAUAAAGACAAAAGAGAAGUCACCUUCCCCUUCUGUCAAAAAGCCUGAGGUCAAGUCUUCAGGGAAGGAUUCAUCAAGUGAAGAUGACAAAUCCCAGAGCGGUAAUGAAAGCGAUAGAUCUGCAUCUCCACCUCCAUCACACUUUAAGGCAAAGGAUAAAAAGAAAGAAAAAGCUGAUGAAGUAGCCAAGGGGAAAGAUAAACUUGAUGCCUCUCCUGGCAAGGCCCAGGAGUCAAAGCCUCUAGUCAAAAAGAACCGAUUCCCACAGCGUCAUUACAGAAGACACUCCUCCACAGAUUCCUCCUCCGAGUCGGACAGUGACAAGGAGCCACCAAAAACUGGAGGUAGGAGACGCAGCCGCUCCGACUCAAGGUCACCAAGGAAACGGCGCCGUAGCAUAUCACCCAGACGUAGAAGGUCUCCAUCACCUUACAGACCAUCUCGUCGUUAUCGAUCACCAACACCACCCCGCAGACGAUUUCGUUCCCCAAGUCCCUACAGACGUCGUAGAUCCCUGACACCUCCCCGUAGACGCACCCCUCCACGGAGACGCCGAUCACCUUCCCCAGCCUAUCGAAGACGAAGCCCCACACCAGAGAGGCGCAGAAACCAAAGAAGCCCAACCCCUAAAAAGAAGUCUAGAACUCGGCGUAGUUUAAGCCCAUCAGACAGACGUAGGAGGCCCUCUGCAGACAAAAGUAGAGCUUCUCCCAACAAACGAAUCAGUUCCUCACCCUCUCCAAAGAGCAAGAGGAAAGCAGCAGAUACCCCACCACGAAAGACUAGAGACAAGUAUCGUACUCCAUCAGUUUCUAGUGACAGUUCCCCUGAGCGUGGUCCAAGUCCUUCCCCAGAGCGACCCUCCAAGAGAGCUAAAAGCCCUGCUGAGAAGCGCAAAAGAAGUCGCACUCCUGAAAAACGAAAACGAAGUCCAGGGGACAGGCGCCACAGAAGUACAACUCCAGACAGGCGUAAGCAAAGUUCAGACAGACGUAAGAGAAGUCCAACCCCUGAAAAGCGAAAGAGCCGCCAAACACCAGAGAGGCGUAGACGCAGCCCCACUCCAGAGAGACGUAGGCGCAGCCCCACUCCAGAAAAGCAUAGACGCACCCCUACCCUUGAGAAACGUAGACGCAGCCCUAUGCCAGAGAAACGUAGGCGCAGCCCCACUCCAGAGAAACGUCGACGCAGCCCCACUCCAGAGAAACGUAAGAGCAGCCCCACUCCAGAGAAACAUAGACGCAGCCCUACUCCAGAAAAACGUAGACGCAGCCCCACUCCAGAAAAACGUAGACAGAGUCUCACUCCAGAUGGACGCAGAAGCAGAACCCCAGAGAGCCGUCGAAGAAGCCCCCGCGCAGACAAACGGAGGCAUAGCCCAACACCAGAGAAACAGCACAAAAGGCCUCCACGGGAUACACGAAAACGUAGUCCAACACCAGACCAGGACAAAGACAGCCCCAGACCACAUCCAGCUGGAAGGUGGUACAGCCCAAAUGAUAAGAAAGCAGUCAAUAAAAGAAGUUCUUCAUCAUCUGAUGAUAGAACGCCAUCCCCUGAAAGGAAAGCGUCAUUGUCACACUCAGAGAAGCGUAAACCUCCAUCAAGGCGCAGUACAUCUCCAUCACCAGUCCCCAGGAAACACAGCUACUCACCAAGUCCAACACAACAGAUAAUUUCUAAGAAGAAAUCAAGAUCUCGAUCCUCGUCCGGUAGCCCUGAACCGACUCCAGUGAAAGCCAAGGCAAACCUAGACGGAAGUGAUUCUGCGAAGGGUUCAGACUCGGAUACCAAGGAUACAAAGAAGAAAGAUAAGAAGAAACAUAAAAAACACAAGAAACAUAAGAAGCACAAGAGACACAAGAAGCAGAAGAAGGACCAAGAUGUUGCACCUGAGGAUUCAGACAGUGAGGGCGAGAAAAUGGAGAAAGAAUUGAGAGAGAAAGCUCUUCGAUCCCUCAAACGUACUCAGUCCUUGGAGGAGAUAUGAGUUAGGUCCACAGGUCUACUACAUGCAGUUAAAAUAUGUACACAAUGGCCAAUCAAAAUAAAAUUCCUUGUCGGUUGCCAAUCUAAAUGAUUCAAGUUAUGAUUACUUUUUAAUGCAAAAUUUUCAGGAUGUAAGAUUAUGUUGGCAGUCUAGCUUCAGUUUGUAGUUUAGAAAUGUAGUUUUACAGGUUUAAGAGUGUGUAGAGUGUGUAUUCAGUGUUAGAGUAAAAAAAAAUCAUCCGCUUAAAACGUGCCGAGAAUUUUGAAAUCAACUGUCAGACUGGUGUGCGUCUUUCUUGAAAUCUCAGUACUGCUCAGAUUUGGGCAUAACUGUGUUUGCUGGUCACCAAGCUGAUAGAUUGUACGGGAACUAACAAAUAUAUGUGUAUUCGGACACGGCACAAAGUGCCGUAAUAAUAUUAACAGGAGCCAUUGUGCAAACCUCCCCCCAACGAAAUCAGAGAACAAAUAUUUUGUUAGUCCAAAAACUGUGGGUAGCGCUUUAAGUCUGACCAAACCAUAAAGACCCCCACCCUUUUGAGAAAAUGGGGGUGCCUCCUGAAAAAGGUUCCCAGUUUAUACGCCACUGGUAGUAUGACGUACAUAUACACAGGCAAGGUGUAUGGUGGACUGAAUGGGCGAGUUUUCCUCAAAUGAAAGUUGGCAUACAUGUAUGUCGUUGAAUUUUUAUGUUCUGAUAAUUUAAGGAUUCAUUGGAGGCUGUCCAUAAUACGGGCGAUUCACAACAGUGCGCCUUUAAGAGUUUGCAACUCGUUGGCCAAUCACGAUGCACGAAAUCAGUCGACCCGAAGGGCUUUUAGAAAGCGUCGACAGAUUUCGCGCGUUGUGAUUGGCAAACUCGUUGCAAACUCUUGGAGGCGCACGUACAUGCAUUUGAAAAGGCUAAAGACUUUUUUUUUUCGUGAUAUCUUCCGAUUACUGUAUUGAUGUCAUAAAAAUUGUUCAAUCGCAUAUUUGUAUAUUUUAUUUGUAAGGCUUAGGUUUGAGAAGCGAGAUAUUUUAGUCGUAAAUGCACUACUAAAGCUGCUGUUAGAGUGUGACCAAUAGCUAAAUUUAAAGAGCAACUUUCAAGUACAUGUAAAAAGCUACCAAAUGCAUAUUCAAUUCUACAGACGUUCACAAUAGGGGAAAACCCGUUCCCGGUUCAACAAACUUUGGCCCAAAAGUUCAUUCUCAAUUGUGACAAGCCUGCUUUGGCGUUCCUGUUAGUUAUUAGGUAGAGAGGUAUUAGGAAAAAAAGAUUUUGUCUUUACCAGGGGUUGUGAAACCUUUGAGUGCGGUUCAUUCAGGUUAGAAUCCUCUUCCCCGUUAGCUUAUUAAAGUCUGCACUUUGAUUGUUCUGGCAUUACCUUUGUUCCAUUCAGUUCAAAAAUUUAAUAAAAGUUUUCGUUCCUUUA